GCCUGACAUAAUGUAACAGACAAGCGGAGAAUGUAUCGAAGUUCCACUGGGGAAUCGGCAGGAUCCCAGUGGCGGAGGAAGCGUCCGUUUCAGACUCACCGCUGAGCUGGAGCCCAGUGCGGGAUGGAGGCGGGGUCCUUGGUUCGAGCAGUCUUUGACUUUCGGCCUAGUGUGUCCGAGGAAUUGCCCAUAUUCGGGGGUGAUGUCAUCGAGGUUGUGAGCGUGCUGGACGAGUUCUGGUUGCUGGGGAGGAAAGAUGGAGUGACAGGACAGUUCCCCAGCAGUUUUGUGGAAGCAGUGUGCAUCCCUAACACCAAAGUGGGGGAGAAGUUGUGUGUUUGCACCAACGAUUUUCAAGCGGCAACCAGCAGUGACCUAUCUCUCAAACGCGGUGACAUUGUGGUUGUGGAAGAUGCACCGGAUGGAUACUGGCUCCGUGGACGAACAAACUGGGGAUCGAGCGGCACUUUCCCGGCCUCCUGCGCACGGGAGCUGCGCCUCUCUUCCCGGGCCCGGGAGCUGUCCCGCAAGGCGGUUGAUGAGCUGCCGGACUACGGCCUGGGCCGGGCUCUGGCCCUCAUGAGCCUCUCGGCCCAGCUGCCGGAGGAGCUGGAUUUCACCGAGGGCGACGUCAUCACCAUCGUGGGGCUGCCCGAACCCGGCUGGUUCGAGGGCGAGCUGGAGGGCAGGCGGGGCAUCUUCCCCGAGGGCUUCGUCGAGCUGAUGGGACCCCUGCAGACCCCAGAGACGGGGCCUGGCUGCGGUGUGAGCAGCUGCGAGGAAGAGGAGGAGGAGGAGGAGGAGGAAGAGGAAGAGGAGGAGGGUGACGAGGAGGAAUCAACAGGGCCGCGGAUUUAUGGAGUGGCCACGUACGACUUUCGGGCGCUGGAGCCGGAGGAGCUGGACUUUGCCAGGGGCGAGCGUAUCAGGGUCAUGGCCACGCUGGAGGAUGGCUGGCUCCAAGGGUCAGUGGGCGGCCGGACUGGGAUCUUCCCCAUCCGCUUUGUGAAGCUGGAGGAGGAGCUGGGGGAGGGGGGCGUUGGGCAGGCUGAGGCCCCCGAGGAGCCGCCCACCACCGAAUCCAGUCCGACCGCCGGGGGCUGGCGGCCGGAUCCCCCCGGCCUGCCCUCGGCGGAGAGGGUGGGCCUCUUCACGGGGGCGGGGCUGAACUCUGAGCGCCCGGGGAUCCCCAGCCCCCCCAACCUCGCAGAUGCAGCCGGAGCCGCGCCGCGCCGGCCCGCCUCGCCCCCCAGUCAAGAGUUGGCCGAGGCUCCCGAUCCAGAGGACCUGGCGGAAGAGAGCGGGGAGGGGCGGGGCCCCGGAGGUCAGCGGGGGUCAGAGGGCAGGAAGCGGGACGGCGGCGUUUCGCCAGCACCGAGGGCUGGCGGCAGCGGGGGUCCGGUCGCCCGGGGCGAGCUGGACUCCAAGUGUUCCGAGCAGAUCGAAGAGUUCAACCGCAGCCUGCCCGCCCCAAGGUCGGGGGUCAGCCCGGCGGUCCAGCGGCACUUCUCCAUCUCGGACUACGACACGGAGCAGGACGUGGCCAGAGGCUCCCCUCGGACCCCGGCCCGGUCGACCAGGCCCCCCCCUCCCCGCCCCCAGGCGUCCGCCCGCUACCCCUCCUCCCCCGCCCGCUCCCUGCGCCCCUCCAGGCCGGCGCCCCUCCCCCCGCCCCACGCGGCCCUGCCCCGCAAGGGGGGCGCCGGACCCCCAAGGGGCCCCCAGCCCAGGCCGAGCGGGCCGAACGCGCCUCAGGAAGGGGGCAGGGAACUGGAAGCUGCGCCCCUCCCCCGGGGCCCAUCCCCCGGCCUCCUCGGCUCCAGGAUCCAGGAGCUGGAGUGGGACUUGGAGAUGCAUUACCAGACCCGCGACUCCCUGAAGGUGAUGUCGGAGAGACCAAUGGAGGGGAAUCUCCAGUCUGAGGCACUGGAAAACCUGGAAUUUUGCUCCUACAACAUCAGGACUCUGGAAAAGGAACUGCAGGCUCUGAAAGACAUGACGCUUUUAACCACUGACCACACCCCCCUGGAGCCGCCAUCAAUCGCAGCCACACCAGAGAAUCCCGAGCAGAAGAUGAUGGAGAAGAGGGCAAAGGUCAUUGAGGAGUUGCUGCAAACGGAGGCCGAUUACAUUAAGGACCUGGAGAUGUGUGUGGACAAAGUGCUCAUUCCCCUACAGAACAAACAGUUACAGCAGGUGGACUGUGAGGCCCUUUUCGGAAACAUUCACACAGUUAUCGAGGUUUCCAAACGCUUGCUUGGCGAACUGGAGGACACUGACAGUAUAGGUCACGUGUUUCUUUCCUUCAGGAAUGAGCUCGAGGACAUGUACAAUAUUUACUGUCAAAACCACGAGGAGGCCAUCGCCCUCUUGGAGGUAUACGAGAAGGAUAAAGAGAUUCAGGGACAUGUCAAUGCAUGCCUGGAUCACCUCCGGGCAAUUUAUCGUCAGUGGGGCAAAACUAACUACAUCAACCUGGGCUCGUUUCUGAUUAAGCCUGUGCAGCGGGUUAUGAGGUACCCAAUGUUGCUUACGGAGCUGCUGAACACCACACCAGAGUCACACCAUGACAAGAAGCCACUGGGGGAGGCAGUCCUCGCUGUAAAGGAUCUCAACGUUAAUAUCAAUGAAUACAAGCGGCGGAAGGACCUGGUUCUGAAGUAUCGUAAAGGAGACGAGGACUCGCUGAUAGACAAGAUCUCAAAACUGAGCAUGCACUCCAUCAUAAAAAAAUCCAACAGAGUUAGCAGUCACCUCAAGCACCUGACAGGUUUCGCUCCCCAGAUCAAGGAUGAGGCGUUUGAGGAGGCAGAGAGGAGGUUUCGAGUACAGGAGCGGCUGAUUAAAUCCUUCAUCAGAGAUCUGUCUCUGUAUUUGCAGCACGUACGGGAGUCUGUGUCAGUGAAGGUGUUGGUGGCUAUGAGUAUCCUGGACAUGUACGGAGAGAAGAAUCACCCAGACCUGGAGAGCUUCCAGAGAGCACAUCGAUUAAUCAGUGACAAUCUCUUCACCAACUUUAAAGAGCGGACAGAGAAUCUUGUCAUCGCUCCCCUGAACCAACUCCUGGGGAUGUGUGCCGGGCCCCACAAGCUGAUAAUCAAACGCUUUGACAAGCUGUUGGAUUACCAUAACUGCAAGGAGAGAGCUGAGAAGUUGAAGGACAAGAAGACCCUGGACGAACUCCAGGCAGCCAAGAACAACUACGAAGCUCUCAAUGCCCAACUCCUCGAUGAACUGCCAAAGUUUCACAAGAGCGCUGAGGAACUCUUCAUCAACUGCAUGCGAGGGUUUGCUGAGGCUCACCAGGAAUUUGUGGGGCUGACACUGAAUGAGCUUCAACCACUGUCGCAGUUCAUCGCGGUGGUGAGUAAGGACACCAGUAUUGUGGCCUCUUUCCAGGAGCAGCACCUCAAAGCCAUGCAGUUACUCCAAGUCUUCAGUUUCUUCCCAGACACACUCCCUUCCUCUAGAAAACCGUUUGAUCGGAAGACCACGGAACGGCAAUCAUCGCGAUUGCAAAUGUCGACAAUGCCAAUUGCCACGUUUCAAACAGAUGAGCAGCGGUCAACCUUGCUGGCAAAGUACGAGCCGGAUAAGUUGUACCAGACAGAUCGGAACUUCAAUGCUGCUCAACAACUGGAUGUUUCCCUACUGGAAGGAGACCUGGUUGGAGUGAUUAAACAGCAAGAUCCCAUGGGCAGCCAAAACCGUUGGCUGGUGGACAAUGGGGUGAUAAAGGGCUUUGUGUACAGCUCCUUCCUGAAGCCCUAUAACCCUAGACGGAGCCAUUCUGACAUCUCAGAGGAGAGCCACUCGUCCAAUGAAUCUGGUUAUGGGGGCUCGUCUCCAGUCAUCUCGAGGCAGAACAGCACCUCGAUCGUGGCAGUGAAUCAUUCCAGCGGCAUGGCAUCAUUCUCCGCCUCUCCGCAGGCGCACGUUUCCACGGAGACCAUGGGUGCUCCUCCCCCAAAAGCACUAUCACAACGAAGGAACGCACCGGAACCCUCGCCACCGCGCCUGACCGCAUCCCCGCCACGGCCAAACCCAGCUGACGAUUCCUCACCACGCCCACCCGCUUUGAUGCAGCGAUCCAACACUUACGACCCAUCACCAGCAACUGGCUCUCAUCAAUCACUGGCAACUCACCAGUUACCGGCAAAGGAUUCCUACUUAACGGUGCAGCCAAAACGGUCCAAACAGAUGGAAUAUUCCCUACCGCGAAAAUCCCGGGAGUGCAGGCGAGGGCUGCGUAGAGCCUCAUCACAAGAGGGAUAUCUGGAAAGCAACAACUAUGAUCCUGGGCAGCAGGUUUAUUAUGCAGUCUAUGAUUUCCGAGCCCGGUGCGCUAAUGAACUUUCCAUAGUCAACAACCAGCGUGUACGAAUCCUGCGGUUUCAAGACAUGAACGGAAACCAGGAAUGGUGGCUGGCGGAAGCUAACGGAAGGCGGGGUUAUGUCCCCGCCACUUACAUCAGAAAGACUGAAUACACGUGAAGAAUGAGGAGGGCAUGGGGGGAGAGAAAGGAAGAAACAACCAUGCACGCCCUCUUGUGUUUUAAGACAAUUGAGCCUAAGAGUAAAAGCUGUCUCACUCCAAACUCAAGGCAGUGGAAGAGAGCAGUGGACCCCUCAAUGGAAUUGGUGUCUUAUUUCGCCAAGGAUGUUUCUGAAAGGGUUUUAGUUUAAACUGAGAAAAUGGAAUAAUUGCUGGAACUAAUCUAGGCCAAACCUGCUUUGACAUUUUGGCAUUAUACAAAAAUGACCUCAAUUGACAAUGUAUUAGUGCUUAAAAAUAUAUAUAUAUAUUUUAUGUAUAUAUAUAUAGAUAUAAUACAAUUCCCAGAACAAUUUUUUUUUUAAGAACUUAACAGUAUUUCAAAUCUGUUACUGAUCUGGUCUUUCUCUCCCCCCCCCACCCCCAGCCACCACAAUGUUUCCAAGGUAACCAUUUUGAAAUCAGGACGAUACAAAGAGCCAGAUUUUCCUAUUGUGUAUUUGCAUAACCUUGUAGCAACCUACAAUUUAUUCACAAAUAAGGCACAAUUUAAAUUUAUAAACUGAUGGGGGAAUUGUGUCCCGUUGCUGAGAAAGGUUUCAGAUAUACCGUCUGGUGAUUAUUUCCAGUAUGAAAAGCCUCAAGCUAGGCCGUAAUUAAACCAUACCUCCAGCUGUUUUUACAUGUGGAAAGUGGCAUUUUCAGCUGAAUGUAUCCUUGACUGCACAUUGGUAUUUUACACUACACAAGACCAAAAGUUUGCAACUUAACCACCUGGAGUAUUACUUUUGGAAGUGACUGGUGAGAGGGCGAGGCCUUAGCAGUAACUUAUUGUUCUGUUACUCUGACAAGUGUGGAAAACAGUGGGCAGUCCAUCUGCUUCAAGAUGUUGAUGGUAUAGGACCAAUGGGGCGAUUGAGGGAGAUCGGGGGAGGAGGAGGGUUUCUAAACCAAAUAUCUGAAUCUUGGGUUGUGACUGAUGAACAACAUCAAAAUACAAAAGGCUGGAGGAGAUCAGCCAUGAUCUGAUUGAAUGGCAGAACAGGGGAUAAAUGGAUCCUUCCUCUUCUUAACAGCAAUGGACAAUGGAGACUGUCUAAAAUAUUAAGGAGGGAACAUGGGGCGGGGUUGGUGUAGAAAUUUGGGUAAAAAGUACACCGUUGUGUGUCAGUGUGCACAUGUGCCUGUGCCUAAAACUUGCUUUCAAUCAGUUCCUAAAGUUGGUUAAUAUGGCCAAAGGUGCAUGUUAUUCAGCUGUUCAGUGUUGUUUUGACAGAGUAUCUUAGUCAUGCUCGAAAGGCAGCUAAUCUUUACCACAGCAUGGUCUGUUUGUGACCCAACCUCCUGCACCCAGUGUUCCGGCUCCUUGACAGUUGCACAUGGGCAACAACAAUGGAGUUUAAGGCCGAUAUUCCUCGCCCCUGGCACUAGGCAAGCUCCCCAGAACUGGCCAGCUCCUGGUGUACGUCAAACUCCUGUCCCAAGUCUUUAUUGUGGGUCUAGAACAUCCUGGCAGUGCCAGCCUGGCACCCUUGGCAGGGUUCAGUGAUGGAAAAUUGCUCUGGAAAAACAGUGCAAAGACGGUUGCCAUAUCAGAUCCAGUGGUUUGCGCUGGCUUACCUUCUGAGGCAGUGGAAGAGAGCAGUGGGCCCUCCAGUGGAGUUGGUGUCUUAUUUCUUCAAGGAUGUUUCUGAAAGGGUUUUUGGUUUAAACUGACCAAAUGGACUAAUUGCUGGAACUAAUACAGGCCAAACCUGCUUUGACAUUUUGGUGCUAUACAAAGAUGACCAUAGCUGCAGUGUUCCCGAUCUGCAGCAAGUUUACAUAUUAACACUCCCAUUCAGCAGUUAGAACAGCUCUUUCUAAUCAAUGGAUGCAGUCUAUCCAUCCUGUGCAGUCCAUCAACAUAUGAAGGUAUCUCUCCUUUCUUCAAUUAAAAGGAUUUUAUUUGUUCAA